AAAAAAACACUUUUUUUUGUUUGAAGAAAUCCAAAAACGCUGUUUUGGAAACGGUUUUUCCCACGAAAAAAAAGUUUCCCAAAUCCCCAAUUCUCUCAUGUCACUCCAAGCCUUCAAAGAAACGCUUAAGCCUUGCUCAAAUUCAUCGUCUUCCACCUCCAUUGAGGCUUACCCAAGGACCUUUACUUCCCACGACUUUGGCUCCCCGAUUUCUAGAAAACCCCCCAAAAGUUCUCUUUCUCAGCAACUAUUGCGCCUCCAAGAUCCCAUCUCUCCACCCCCAAUUCAACCACGGACCCAACCCAAACCAUCCCAGAAGCAUAAAGGUGGUAACUUUGAAGACCACGAUGAAAAUGAUGAUGAUGAUGAUGAAGAAGAAGAAGAAGAAGAAGAAGAAAAACCUGGACCAGAAGCGUUUCUGAGGUCUGAAGUGAGUGAAUUUCAGUUUGAUCAUACGGGACCUUAUGAACCGUUGGUCUUGACCUCAGAGGGUGAGAUUCCUGUUGUUCAGGUUCCUUCAUCCAUAAACUGUAGGUUACUUGAACAUCAAAGGGAGGGAGUUAAGUUUUUAUAUAAUUUAUACAAGAACAACCAUGGAGGUAUUCUUGGAGAUGACAUGGGAUUAGGCAAAACUAUUCAAACAAUUGCAUUUUUGGCUGCUAUUUAUGAGAAAGAUGGAGAUAUUGUUGACCCUGUAACAUCAAAGAACAAUCAACUAGGACAGAAAGGCCCUGUACUGAUAGUUUGUCCUUCUUCGGUUAUCCGCAAUUGGGAGAAUGAAUUUUCCAAGUGGGCUACUUUUAGUGUUUCUGCUUACCAUGGUGCAAACCGUGAUCUAGUAUACGAAAAAUUAAAAGUACGCGGAGUUGAAGUACUUAUUACCAGCUUUGACACCUACAGAAUUCAAAGACGCACCUUAUCAGAUGUGAAUUGGGAGAUUGUGGUUGUUGACGAAGCACACAAGUUGAAGAAUGAGAAAUCAAAACUCUAUGAAGCAUUUCUAGGAAUUAAAACAUUAAAACGCUUUGGUCUUACUGGAACUGUAAUGCAGAACAAAAUUAUGGAAUUGUUUAAUCUCUUUGACUGGGUUUCACCAGGAGCUUUGGGAUCGCGCGAUCACUUCCGCGAAUUUUAUGAUGAACCCCUUAAGCAUGGUCAAAGAGCAACUGCUCCUGAAAGAUUUGUGGAGGUAGCUGAUAAGCGAAAACAACACUUAGUGACUGUUCUUCGUAAAUAUUUGUUAAGAAGGACAAAAGAGGAGACAAUUGGGCAUCUCAUGAUGGGGAAGGAGGAUAAUGUUGUGUUUUGUGCCAUGAGUGAAUUGCAGAAACGGGCCUACAGAAGAAUGUUACAGCUACCUGACUUUCAAUGCCUAAUAAACAAGGAUCUUCCAUGUAGCUGUGGAAGUCCUCUCACUCAAGCUGGAUGUUGUAAAAGGAUUAUACCAAAUGGAUUAAUUUGGCCCUACCUUCAUAAAGACAAUCCAGAUGGUUGUGAUUCUUGCCCCUUUUGUAUCGUUCUUCCUUGCCUUGUCAAGCUCCAGCAGGUAAGUAAUCACCUGGAGUUGAUCAAGCCUAAUUCUAGAGAUGACCCAGAUAAGCAAAAGAGAGACGAAAAAUUUGCCUCUGCUGUGUUUGGCCCAGAUAUAGAUUUGGUGGGAGGGAGCACCCAAAAUGAAAGUUUUAUGGGCCUUAGUGAUGUUAAACAUUGUGGUAAAAUGCGAGCACUAGAGAAGUUACUGUCUUCUUGGAUUUUACGGUGUGACAAAGUUCUUUUGUUCAGUUACUCUGUCAGGAUGCUGAACAUACUGGAAAAGUUUCUUAUACGCAAAGGAUACUCCUUUUCACGACUUGAUGGUUCCACACCAACCAGCUUGCGCCAGCAUCUUGUCGACGACUUCAACUCAAGUCCAAGCAAACAGGUGUUUCUUAUAUCAACUCGAGCUGGUGGUCUUGGAUUGAAUCUUGUGAGUGCUAAUCGAGUUGUUAUAUUUGAUCCAAACUGGAAUCCUGCUCAAGACUUGCAAGCUCAAGAUAGGUCUUUUCGAUUUGGGCAGAAGCGACAUGUGUUGGUUUUUCGUUUCCUUUCAGCUAGCUCUUUAGAAGAACUUGUUUACUCGCGUCAGGUCUACAAACAGCAGCUAGCAAACAUUGCUGUCUCUGGAAAAAUGGAAAAGCGCUAUUUUGAAGGUGUCCAGAAUUGCAAAGAAUUUCAAGGGGAACUUUUUGGGAUUUGUAACUUGUUCCGCGAUCUUUCUGAUAAGGUCUUUACCAGCGAAAUCAUUGGGUUGCAUGACAAGCGAAAAGAGGAUAGUAGAAAGCAAGAAUUAACUAAUUCUUCAGAAACAUUUGGUCCUAUGUCAUCAUUAGGAUCUUGGAUUAAGAAAACGUCCAAAGAUUCCAAGAAAGCUUCGAGUGACCCUGCACUUGAAGAUCUGGGUGUUGUUUAUGCUCAUCGCAAUGAAGAUAUUGUAAACUAUGGUCCUGGGUUCCAAGAGAAGCUGCAAGAGGGCUUAUCUCAGAAUGGUAACCCAAAACCUCAUCCUCCAUCCAUGCCUGUUCAUAGAAAUUUAUUAGAUGACAUACAUAUCAAUGAAAUGGAUUCUUCAACUAAGAACCGAAAAAUAAUUCAAUAUAGUCUCCUUGCUCGGUUUGCUGGUAUGGGAGAAUUAGAGUUCAGCAAGUGGAUAUUAACUGCAACACCUGCAGAGAGAGAGGAAGUGCUCCGAGAUUACAAGAGGAGGAAGCAUAAGACACCCUAUGGGGGCUGAAGAGAAGGUAGAAUGUAGCUGCAGCUUAUGUAAAUAAUACUGUACAUAUAUGAUUUGUGGUAGAGAAUCGGUAAAGUAGUGAUGAAAAGAAUGUUCAUGAUUGGAACAGCAUUGAGCAUUCCCUCAUUGCGUUUAGAUGAAUGUAUUUACAGCCAUUUCUUUUCAGAAGUUCAGAAAAA